GCUAUUGUUUUCUGUGUGAAUUGUCGGAGCGGAAGAACCGAAGAAGACGAGGCGAAGAAAUCAAAACGGGAAAGAGAAACCCGACUUUGGGUCCCAAAAAUCCAAACUUUGCCAUAUAUUUCCUCUCCCUCGGCUCAUGCGGAGGCGAUGGGAGCGUUGGUCUCCUGCUUCUCUGCCGCGGAGGAGACCAAACGGCCGCCGCCGCCCCGCCGGCGCUCGGCCUUGAACGCCCCGCUGGAGGCGGCCGGGGGCCUCGGUUCGAGCGAGCGGUGGAGUAAGGGGCGGGCAGGGAGGAAGGAGCGGGCCGAGGAGGCCCUGAUCCACGAGCAGGCCCUGGCGGCGGCGGCGCUGCUGCUCGCCCAGCAGAACGGCGGGGCCCUGCCAUUCGACCGGUCGUCGUCGCUGCACCACCCGAGCCGCGGGAAGAAGAAGCAGGCGCUGCCGAGGAGUUCGAGCUCGCGCGCAAGGUCGCUCACCGAUCCGGUCGUCCAGCCCCAGCAGCUCGUCAAUCAGGAUCUGAUGAUUGACAAUUUGGAGACCAACCAUUUUGUUCUUGUUCAUGGAGGUGGUUUUGGUGCUUGGUGCUGGUACAAAACUAUUGCACUUUUGGAAGACAGUGGGUUUAAAGUCAAUGCUAUAGAUCUCACAGGUUCUGGAAUCCAUUCCUUUGAUACAAACGAAAUCACAACUCUUCCUGAAUAUGUACAGCCACUUACCAGUUUUCUUGAAACACUAGAUGAUGGAGAGAAGGUGAUUUUGGUGGGACAUGAUUUUGGCGGUGCUUGUAUCUCAUAUGCUAUGGAAAUGUUUCCUUCUAAGAUUGCUAAAGCUGUUUUCCUCUGUGCUGCCAUGCUGACAAGUGGGCAGAGUACUCUUGACAUGUUCUCACAACAGGCAGAUACAAAUGAUCUAAUGCGGCAGGCUCAAAUUUUGGUAUAUGCAAACGGAAAUGACCACCCCCCUACAGCUAUUGAUCUCAACAAGUCAUCAUUGAAAGAAUUGCUGUUUAAUCAAAGUCCUGCCAAGGAUAUCACCUUAGCUUUAGUUUCUAUGAGGUCUAUUCCAUUUGCUCCAGUGCUGGAGAAACUAUCACUCACAGACAAGAACUAUGGCUCAGUAAGGAGAUUCUACAUAGAGACCACUGAGGACAAUGGCAUACCCCUUUCUCUCCAGCAGAACAUGUGCGGCUCCGAUCCCCCGGAAAGAGUUCUUAGGCUAAAAGGCGCUGAUCAUUCGCCAUUCUUCUCGAAACCACAGGCUCUAAACAAGCUCUUGGUUGAGAUAUCAAAGAUCGUCUCACCUCAGGUGCAGUGAGCUACUUGUGAUCCAACAGCCCUCCAUGCAAGGCAUGGUUUGUAUGCAUACAAAAGGUGUGGCAUACAAAAGGUGUGGCAUCAAUAUGCCUCAAUAUAUAGCAACUGAAUUUCUCGAAUGGUGGCUGUCAUUACUUGCUGACACCUUGGAAAGUAGGUUUCUUUAGCCAUUCCAUCAGAUCUUGUUUCAUUUCCAAGAUUUGAUGAUUUACAGUAUCUGUAUGUUUCUGUGAUUUUAGAAUGAACAAUUUUGGCUUUAUUCGAUGGAUAAGCUGUUGUUU